GCGCUGACCUCGUAAAUAGCGGGAUUUCUGACAGCACGGGAAGGCACCACAAGUCCAUCCUCCCCAUCAGCAGUCUGGUCAACAACAUUUCUCCUGCGAGACUCACCAGCGAACUUCACCGACUCUUCACCGUGUAGAACACCGACAUGGAUGCCCUCAAGUCGGCUGGGAGAGCCAUUAUCCGGAGCCCGAGUAUGGCGAAACAGUCCUGGACUGCCGGCAGACACAGAAAGCUCCCAGAGAACUGGACUGACACGCGGGAGACCAUUGUAGAGGGGAUGACGUUUAAUCUUCGUCACCUCGGCAUGACGCUAGUGGACCAGCCCAAGGGAGAGGAGCUGUCCGCUGCUGCAGUUAAGAGGAUCGUUGCCACGGCUAAAGCUAUUGGGAAGAAGCCUAAGAAGGUUACUCUUAAGGUUUCCCCACGGGGAAUCGUCCUGUACGACCGCUUGACCAAUAAACUCCUGGAAAAUGUCUCCAUAUACAGAAUAUCCUACUGCACAGUGGACAAGCAGCAUGAUAAAAUGUUUGCUUAUAUCGCUCAAAACACCCUCAAUGGGACCCUGGAGUGCCACGCUUACCUCUGCUCCAAAAGGAAAGUGGCUCAGGCAGUGGCUCUGACAGUAGCCCAGGCCUUCACUGUAGCUUUUGAACUCUGGCAAGUGGCUAAAGAAGAGAAAGGGAAAAGAGUGAAGUCCGGUUCAGCUGGAGAUGGCGGCAGUAGUUCCCAUUCAGAGAGAUCCAACAGCCUGGGGAGCCUGAAAGGGACAGAUGUUGCCACAGACAACCUAUUGGACUUUGAGGACAGUGUGAAUGUGGUGGUGGAGACCAAUGGGAACGUAGAACAGGAUCAGCUGGAUAACCGCGGGCCCUCUGAGACCACCAAUAACAACAACAGCUCUGCCUUGGAAAUCGAAGAUGGUUUGGAUGAAGCCUUCUCCAACUGUGCUCUGGAUAGCUAUGGUUCAUGUCCAGACUGGCAGUGUCGCGUACUGACCCCCAGGUCCUGGACAUUGGGGUGACGCCUCAAGACUGGCUCACUGAACCCGACUGGGACUCCACCAACGGGAACACUUCCAACGCUCUCGACCCUUUCGGGGACGACAUCCUCGGCUUCUGACCACAACGCAGCAGAGAAAGAGGCGACGACUGAGGGGAGGAUGGGUGUCUUUAUGUCUUCCUGGGAAUAAGGUUGGAGUUGUGAGAUGACGUUUGGCCUCCUCACUUUGUUGGUGCACUCUUCACAUGGACAAUUCUUCCGAUUUUGUGGAAACAGAAUGGGCUGCCGCCCCUGCACACCAAAGCAAUAAUAUCCUCCUGUUCACGGUUACUGCGUCUGUCCUACUAUUACACCGCAAACAUUCUUACAAACCUAUGUUUACCAAGUUCGUCUUACGUCAGCAUAUGUUGUCCUGUUGUUCGCGUCUAUUGUUCUGUUUCAGUAGCGUCAUAAUCAAUGUUUUGUAUAUGUGUUUAGUUAUAAUUUAUAGAUUUGUAAUUAUUUUUUAUGGAUGAAGAGUAGGAUUUAAGACAGACUGUAUCAACAGGCCUUAAUAACAGCGGGACAAUCAGCCACACUGCAUUAAGGUUUCAGUGGAUGUAGUUUAUCGCGAGGAUUUAGUCAUCUACCAGCCCUGGAUUGUAAAGUGAACAUGUCUAAAAUGUGAAAAUCAAGCUAGUUGUAUUUAUAUGAACCUUUUGUAUCAGUGGACAUGUUACAGGCGGUACUUUUUCACUGCAGUGUAACAGCGUUCUCAGGGCGGACGCCAAGAUGUGUUUGUGGUUCCCAGAUUCCAAUGUUUUCAUUUCAUGUACAUUAUCCACCAGCAUUAUACAGAAUUAAAAUAUAUUCAUAGAAAAA